AUGACGUUGACCAAGGCGCAGCUUAUGGCCCUGGUGGCUGGGGCCAAGAAAAGUCCUGACAACGACAAGCGAAAGCAAUUUCUUAAGCAACUAGGCCCUUCUAAAGGGGGUUGCACUCCCGAUGUGGCUAUGGCCAUACUCGACAAACUUGAGGGGAAAAGCAACGCACUUCCAGUUGCUUCUAUGGCUGGUGGUCCCGCAACUGCAAAGCUGCCCGCGAGGCCUGCGAAGCACACUGGAAAUCCUUUGGCAAAGACCAGGCCCGCUCCUGGCAGCACAACUCCAUCCAGAGUUCCCUCCCCGGAGAAAGCCCGGCUCCCCUCGGCGAGUAAGAAGGAACAAGCCAAACCCGCCCUGACGGCCCCAGGUGCUGCAGGGAAACCAGCCAAGAAACCUUAG